AGCAGCGGCGGGCGAAGAAACAAGGAAGCGGACGGCUAGCUGCGCUCAGCACGGGCUAACGUGGGCUGAUUGUUGGCGGAUACCGAUUCUAAUGAGCGACCCAGGAGCAUGCGAGCUGAUUCAGAGAGCUGACUUGUUCGGUGAUGUCGGGCAGUAAGGCGCUGGGCGGGGGGGCCGGCGGUGGGGCGAGGCGCAGGCGGACGCGGUGCCGGCGCUGCCAGGCCUGCAUGAGGACGGAGUGCGGCGAGUGUCACUUCUGCAAAGACAUGAAGAAGUUUGGCGGACCCGGCCGCAUGAAGCAGUCCUGCCUCCUGAGACAGUGCACGGCGCCGGUGUUGCCUCACACAGCCGUGUGCUUUGCGUGUGGAGAGGCGGGGAAGGAGGACACGGUGGACUCAGAGGACGAGAAGUUCAGCCUCUCGCUGAUGGAGUGCACCAUCUGCAACGAGAUCAUCCACCCCAGCUGCCUCAAGAUGGGCAAAGCUGAAGGAAUCAUCAACGACGAGAUCCCGAACUGCUGGGAGUGUCCGAAGUGCCACAAGGAGGGCAAAACCAGUAAGGACCAGGCGGACGGCUCAGGCAAACGCAGGCUGGAUAAUGGUGAGGUGGGCCGGUGGAAGCUCACCGAUGACCCGCCUCCUAAAAAGAAAGCCCCACCCACCUCAGAGGAGGGCGGGCACAAGAGGAAAAAGGAGAAGGAGCUGCCUGCGGACAGCGGGCCCAAGAAGAAGAUGAAAGGAGGCCACGAAAAACGCCUGAAAAAGAAACCCAAACAGGAGGCGGCAGAGUCCAAUGGCCCCUCCUCCUCUGGGGGCGGAGCCUCAGGGGUGCAGGGUUCCUCCACGUCAUCUUCCUCACAGCCCGGAGGAGGCGGUGGUGUGGGCGGGACGUCGAGCGCCGACCAGCGUUCCCAUCACAGAGAGAAACUGGAACGAUUCAAGAGGAUGUGCAUGCUGGAGCGCCGGCCCUCCUCGUCCUCGUCCUCGUCCUCCAGCUCAGAGUCUGACUCGGAGUCUGACUCCGACGACUCCCUGAGGGGGGAGCAGGGGAGAGUGUCUUCCCCGUCAUCGUCCUCGCCAGCCCCACUCCCUCCUGUCGUCUACAGCAACAGCAGCGGCGGCAGUCGGGCGGAGCGGGAGAGAAGGGAGAGGGAGCGGCGUCUGGCCGAGCUCGGCUUCAGUGCCAGCGAGGAGUCGGAGGGGGAGGGAGGGAGGGGCGAGGAGGACGAGCGGGAGGACGAGCAGGCCGGGGGAGACAAGUCCCGUCGGAGAGGGGAGGCGGGGCUGUCUCAGAGGGGACGCAAAGGUGGGCUGAUGGAUGGAGAGGAUGACGACACGCCCACUUUGGACAGGACCAGGAAAAACUCCGCCUCCCUGCCCCCGCCCUCACCGCUGUCCUCCAGUCAGAUGGCUCCGUCCUCGCAGCAUGACAGCUUCACCGGGAAGCAGCGCAGCAACGGGCAGGAGGCGCGCAACGGCCGGACACGUGGAGGCACGGGGGGAGGAGGGGGCGGGGAGAAGGAGAACGCGAGCGGAGCUCUGACCAAUCACAGACACGGCGGGGGCGGAGCGGGUGGGACCAAAGGUAGCGGCAACCGUGGCAACAAGAUCCGAAACAACAAGAACCAGACGUCUAGAAACAGCACCUCCUCCUCCUCCUCAAUCCCCACCUCCAACGGCGGGGGGGGCGGGGCCAGCGGACUCAUGAUGUCAGCCAUGGCGGCGUCGCCCUGCUCGCAGCCGUCCCGCCUCGGCCCUCGCUCUCAGAUGAUGAAGCGCAGCCCGCCGGCCGUACCCUCGCCUCCCCGCCCCGUGCAGAUGGAGAGGCACCUGGUGCGUCCCCCGCCGGCGUGCCCUGAGCCCAGCUGCCUGCCGCUGGACUCUGGCGCUGCCCACAUCAUGACACGGGACGUGUGGCUGCGAGUCUUCACCUUCCUGAGUCACAGAGAGCUCUGCGUCUGCAUGAGGGUCUGCCGCACCUGGAGCCGCUGGUGCUGCGAUAAGAGGCUGUGGACUCAGAUCGACCUGAGCCGGCAGCGCUCCAUCACCCCCCCCAUGCUGAGCGGCAUCAUCCGCCGGCAGCCCGUCUCCCUCAACCUUGGCUACACCAACAUCUCCAAGAAACAGCUGAUGUGGCUCAUCAACCGCCUGCAAGGUCUGCUGGAGCUGAAUGUGUCGGGCUGCCCGUGGGCGGCGGUCUCCGCUCUGUGUCAGGCCGUGUGCCCCUGCCUGAAGCUGCUGGACCUCAGCAGAGUUGAGGACCUCAAAGACUCUCACCUGAGAGAGCUGCUGGCGCCCCCACCUGAUACCAGGACAGCCCACGGGGAAACCAGAGCGGGGCGUUUCCAGAAUGUGACAGAGCUGCGUUUGGCGGGUUUGGACCUGACGGACGCGUCGUCCCGCCUACUGAUGCGUUACGUUCCUCACCUGGCCAAGUUGGACCUGAGCCACUGCGGGAACAUCACCGACCAGACGGUGCACACGCUCACCUCCCACAUCUCCCCCCUGAGAGAGAGCCUCACCCACAUCAACCUGGCAGGUUGUGUUAAGGUGACGGAGCAGUCCAUCCCGCUGCUGCGCCGCUGCACCUCCCUGCAGACGGUCGACCUGCGCUCCUGCUCGCUCCUGUCCUCUGAGACCGGACAGCUGCUCUCCUUCCCCUCCAAUGCCGCCUCCUCCUCAUCUUCUUCCUCUGCUACCACCACCACCAGUGUCGCCGCUACAUCCUCCUCCACGCCUGCCGCCUCCUCCUCCUGUCCUGCUGAAGACAGAACGCUGCUAAAGAACAGCUAAAGUCCGCCUUCAUGUUAUGUGACACUCAAGUCCAGGUGGCCUGUGAGCCCGGCCUCGCUCCUCAUUACACUACAGACAGGUGAGGAGGAGGAGGAGGAGUUGUGCAGCACUGCUCCUGACGCUGGAAGAGGAGGAGGGAUGUAUUUUGGGAAAAAGUUGUUGGUUAUAGUUAAAAAUAGAAACCCUGAGCAUGUAUAUAUUUGUUCUCUGUAUAAUUUGGGUGUGUGUAUAUAUCUGUAGGUUACUGUAAAUGACCCCUGACCUUUGAACCAUCAUCCCACACCUCCUUAAACUCCCCCAUCUCCUUCCUUUCCGUCCUUCCACCCUGCGACCGAUCAUCACGCCGGUCAGCUGCUCGAACUCGUCGAGCGAACGCGCCGCACUCCGUCUGUGCAGGUCAAGCUUUCCCUCUGCUUCCUGUCUCACAGCAUCGUCCGCCUUUUUCUCGUUUCUCACCUGAAGCGUCACUGACCUCACACUACACUUUCCAUGUCCUCCUCUGCACAGACCACAAAUGCAUCGACCGUCAAAGUUCGUUCAGACUGACCUUUACUGAACUUGGUUUAUUUAACGUGACGAACUCGUCACAUCUCAGACGCUCGCGCUGCCAAGUGACUCAAAUUCAGGCAGAAACCAUCAAUCGACUGUUUCUGGCACCUCUUGUGGUUUCUCUCUCCAAAAGUUUGCCGUGAUUUGAGUAAAGACUUAAACAUGCUCACAGCAGGUCAUCGCUGAUUUAGUUUUGUUUUCUCUGUUUGACCUCUGACCUCACCGAUGACUCCCCUGUAAAUACAAACAGCUGAGUGCGUAUGAAUCGAUUAAUUGCCCAAAAGAUCAGAAAGAGUCACUGGAAAAACUUUAGUUUGGUUUGGUCCAGCACGCCGUCCACGACUCGGACGUCACCGUGACCGACCGACAUCGGGAAGGAACCAGAGGGAAAAUGGCGAGGGAUGGAUUCCUGCUGACGGGUCGCUCGUAUUGGGUCGUUCAUGUAGGCGAACCUUGAGUGUCGUUUUCGUAACACUGAUUUCUUCUGCUGCUGCUCUGCAGCUUGCUUCAGGCAGCACAGGCACGUUUUCUAUUGUGGAGCCCAUUUCUUUUAACGAGACCAUGAUGAAUGUACUACAAACACCACGAUGGGGCAGAGGUCCGUGUUUGCUGGGCUCAGUUUAACCUGCCGUCUGAGCAGGCUGUGGAAGCGUGUUCAUAAAACACAAGUGACAGACCAAAAGACCGCCGCACCACCCGAGGUGACUCGAUUUCAGACUCAAAUCGUGCUGUCAGAGUCCCAUCACCGGCCAAAACAUUGGCGCCAACUUCCUGUUACUCCCCGGCAGGUCCUCAAAGUUCCUAAACCGUGACGAAAGCUUCUGCAGUCAAAACGGAGGCGUGGCUUCCCUUAGCGCGCAGGCGACCUCCAUCAGCUGACGACAUAAGGACAGCCGUGUCUUAGCUGCUUUAAAUGUACCGACGCGGUCCACAAGGGGCCGUCCUUCAGCUCCUAAUAUUUGAUGGUCCGCUCCGAGACCUCAUCUUAGGUCACCCCGCAAACAACAGCUGUGGAAGAACGUGAAGGUGAAGCAGGGAUCAGUGCUGAUUUAAAAACCUCUCUGUAGCUCCGCCCGCUCAAUCAGUCGCAUGCCGCUGAGACUGGUGGGAGGCGGAGCAAGGCUAGUCUCCCCACGCUUCCGGUGCUCGUGCCGAGCUAGGCUGCAAACUUCACAUGCGGUACUAUUAAAGCAUCGCAGUCUUUGUUUCCUGUAUCGCAGGUGACCUUUGGCCAUGUGUGGGGUGUGUUCAGGUGUUCCUCCUCCCUCUGAGCGUGUGCGUGAUCCGACUGAUCACGCUGUUUGAAACUGAGCCUCAAUCAUCCCCCUUUGAUUUUAUACCCUGUGCCCAUCACCUUCGAUCAGCUUGCUCUGAUCAAUCAUCAGUUUUCUCAGGAGUAUUUGUUGUCUUUGAUUUUCUGUUUUCUAUUUAUUUUGUGCCACAGCAGCGCUUCCAUCUGCUCCAAUCGGAGACAUUCCUGUUUUUGGCUGCUCGCGCUCCAUUUGAUCAGCUUCUGUCGUUGCAUCGUUCAGAUUACUUUGAGAAAUACGAAUCUGUUUGCUGAAGAAACCUAUUUCUGCCAGGAAAAGAAAAACAUGGAUGAACAGUCCAAAAUCGAGUUCGCGGAAGUACGUCUGGACUUGUUUUAUAAAUCGUGUGUGUGUGUGUGUGUGUGAGAUCUUGCUUUUGUUUUAAGAAUCUUAAUUUAGCAUAGACUUAUUUUAUCAUAUCCCUAAUUUUUCUUGUGAUUUGCCAUCAGUUGAUCUUGUUUCUUGUUGUGUUCUUGACUUGUCUCAGGUUUUUUCUUAAUUUUAGUCACUCUGUAGUUGCGACUGAGAAAAUCAAGAUGAUGACUUUGGGUCUUAAGUUGUUUCAUUCAUGAAGCGUUUGUUUUCUUGGCUUAAAUGGGCUUCGGUUGUUUCUUGUGGGCGUCAGUUAUGAAAAAGCAUUCAGUUGUAUUUGAGCAAAGGUUUUUGUUUGUUUGUUUUUUUUUCCCCGGUGUUUCCAUGGAUAAAAGCAGGGAAUUUCAAUUAUAAAGUCGCACAGAUGUUUCAUAAAUCACGUCCAGAUACUCGGCUGUAAAUGUUGGGUUUAUUUUUUCUUAAUGUAUGUGAACUGCCUGAGUUUCCUUUGGGUGGAGGGUGGUGUUAAAAAUGUUUUUUUUUUUUAAAUUUUUUAUUAUAAUGUUUGUAUUUUAAGAUGUACACGUCUGCGACACAUCAAAUGGUCGAUCAAAUCACAGCGGUUUUAAUGACUAAAACUUACUUUUCAGGGUAGACUAGAAUAAAUGGAUUGCCUUGAACCAGCUGGCAAGUUGGUUAGCUGCAGUCAGUGCUGCUUUACCUCCGCUGCUCAAAUAUCACUCAAACUAUUAAAACUAGUGGACAACAAUGUCAAAUUAGUGAAAACGUCCUCUAGCUAGCCCACAUUAGCGACAAUACCCUUUUUAAUUUAGGGAUUUAUUGUUGGUAGUCAGCUAACAUGCUAACACUAGCUCUUUAAGGAUUAAAAAUAAAAACUAAAGAAUAAUUGAGUAAAGUGCAUGGAGCAAAAUAGCUAAUAAUAUAACGUUGGAACUUACAUGAGAAUCUAGACCGGAAUAUUAAAAACAGGGCAGGAAAUAAUUUGUCAAGUUAAUUUAUAACUGCUAAAGAUAACAGUAUUAGUUUUAGCUAGCUAAAUUAUUACAGUAUAAACUAAAAAAAACAAACAUACUUUUUAAGGGAGAUUUUUAUUUAUCAAUAAGCUAACAAGCUAAUUCUGUUUAAUUUUAGCUUUGAAACUUGUCAGGAAAAUUCCAAAACAAGCAGGAAAAGGGUCUGAUUUAUCAGGCUAGCUGAAGGUAACUGCAAAGGCUGUAGAGGUUCAGGGUUGGCUGGCUAAGAAGACCCGAUACUGUUAAAGUUUAAAAAAAGAAAAUGAGCGGGAAAAUGGCUACGUUCUUUAGGCUAGCUCAGACGACCUAAAAUACCCAGAGGUUUAGCUAACAUUGAUUCAGAACUUUCAGAAUAAACAUGGAGGAAAAAAUUAAACAGGUCUACAAGUUUGUUUGUUUGUUUGUUUGUUUGUUGGUUGUUGUUGUUUUGUUUUGUUUUUUUUCCACAUGAUUACAUUUUCAAGCUAAUUGGUGUUAGCUUGUUGGUUUAGAAUAAAGUGUUCACAUAUUUCUGGGGACAUGAUCAUAACUGUUUACUGUCUGCUAUUAGUCAUUUUCUGCUGUUUGUUUUAAAUAUGUUAACCGUUACCUGUGUUCAAUUCUUAGGAAAAAAAUGCAGCGUCAGCACCUUCUGUUAGUUGGUAUGAGUGAAUAUUGCAGCGCUGCAGCCGAGGUAUCGCAGUGUUUCCUGCAGCAGUGCGUUGACUUUGGGCUGCUACCAGCUGUGAAAUAAAAGUAUUAUGGGUAAAUUUGAAAUCGCCUGUGACGCCUUGUUGUGCCAUAAACGCAUCAGAUCAACUGUCAGCAUGUGAAUGGGUCAUUUUGUUUUUUUAAUCUUUUAUUUUUUUUUCUAUUUGUUGAGUUGUUUUCGUUUGUUUAUUUGUUUGUUCCGUGAGGGUGGUGUGCUCUCUGCCGCUUCAGCUAGCAACAAAUGAGGAGGUCAAAUGUGAUUGGACGAUAAUUGCUAAGUAAUGAAAACUGUUUUCCAGUCGGACACCUGCGCUCUCCUCGGGAUCUUAGUAAAAACUGAAUCAUGUGGUGUUUGAUGUCUUUUUUUUGUUUUUGUUUUGUUUUUUUAAAGAUGCACUGGAUCAUCAUCUUCAUCCUCACCUUUUGCCAAAUGUAGUUUUUGUUGUGAAAAGGGGCAUUUUAUCCUGUUUUCCCUCUGUUGGGUUCUUUUUAUACUUUGUCCAUGACUCUUCCAUUGUGUUGAUGUUUUAAAAAAAAAAAAAGAGGAAGAUGUUGGAACAAACGGUAAAUAGACACAAAAAGACCAACUCCAGGCAGCUACGUAUGAGUGACUACUGUAAAAUGACUAAUAAAGAAGCAAUGGGUUUGUUUUUCA